CUUCUCUUUCGAAACACCUCUUAACAGUCAACUGGUUUAACGCUAGAGCUCGGAGAGAAAUUCGCAAGGCGUGCUCCAUGUUUAGCUUUGCGGCGUGAAACGAGUGCGCGAGUGAGAAAGUGCGCGCACCAUGUGAGGAAACGCACGUUGAGCGAACGGCAUUAGGUGGGAAGGAGCAACGUGUACAAGACAGAUGGUCACUCAGUGGAGUUGUUCCUCCACCCCCUCUCUUUUUCUGCCCCCCCACCCAACCUCACCUCAGUCUUGCAUCCUUCUGCUAGUGGUAUAUCAAAUCUAUGCAUCUUUCACAACCAUCCUGGGCUCAUCUUGUCAAAUUCUUCCCGUCCCCAGAUACUUUUCAGCUGCCUUGUCAGUUUUUUUUUCUUUUUUCGCUGAGGAAGUCAACUUGAAGGGACCAGAGGUCGAGUUGUCAUUCUUCUGCUAAGGCCUUGUGAGACGGCGACGGGGCGAUUUGGGACUUUGGACUGACACACAAGAAACUUGAACCGCAACGAGGAAUGGACAACUCUGAACAGUGACGGGAACACCAUUGUUUGACCCCCGUCGGAGAAUCAACAAUUAUUGGUUAACCGUCCAAGAAUCAGUCAUGCGUACUUGUGAUCUUACCCUACUGUUGGCUCUGCCGCUGUUGUGGGGGCCACCGAGAGCCAACGGGCAGAAUGACACCGAGCCCAUCAUUCUUGAGGGAAAAUGCUUGGUGGUCUGUGACUCCACACCUUCAUCGGAACCCGCUGGCAACGCCCUGGGCAUGUCUGUCCGCUCGGGCAGCGGCCGAGUCGCUUUCUCUGCAAGCCGCCAGACCAACCACGAGCCUACGGACAUGAGCAAUCGCACAAUGAUCAUCUAUUUUGAUAAUAUCUUGGUGAACGUGGGCAGUCAUUUUGAUCAGGAGAGCAGCGUCUUCCUUGCACCAAGAAGAGGUGUUUACAGCUUCAACUUCCACGUUGUGAAAGCCUACAACAGACAGACAAUUCAGGUCAGCUUGAUGGUGAACGGCUGGCCGAUGAUUUCCGCUUUCGCCGGGGAUCAGGAUGUGACCAGGGAAGCAGCCACCAAUGCUGGUCUGGUGAUCAUGGAGAAGGGGGACAAGGCCUAUCUCCGACUCGAGAGGGGUAACCUGAUGGGAGGCUGGAAAUACUCCACCUUCUCUGGGUUCCUGGUCUUCCCCUUGUGAGUGAGCAGGAAGCUGAAUUGUGGUGAUGGUGGUAGAAGAAAUGUUGGAGUUGAGAAAAACACAAAAACAACCUUUUCAUGCAAAGUUUCAGAAGCCAAAACUAUUCCUUAGUGGAGGGAAAGGGGAAUGGGUGGAUCAGAAUUGGUAAGCUAAAUUUCUUUUGCUUAUGUGUAUAACUAUUUAUUUUGUUUGUAUGACUGACAUUGCAGUUGUGAACAGUAAAAUUAUAAAGUCACCCUGUGCAUCGUUGGCUUCUUUGAAAUUUAUUGUGACAAUUUUUCUCUCUGGCUAAUUCUUAAAUGUUUGAACAAGUGCUGUCAUGACUUUCUCCUAUUGCUAAACCUAUUUAUGCCUGCAUCCGAUGUUUAUUCACACAGAAAUUCCGAACUCAUUAAAAUAUACGAUGUUAAA